AUGACCUCAGACCUGACCACAGAGCUGGAGCUGGAGCUGGGUGACUUACUGCAGGAGUUUCAGAAUGUAGUGCAGGAGCUCAAAGCCCCUUCUCAGAGCAGAGUGGACUCUUAUCGUUACGUUUUGGAGGAAGCCAAGUGCCGGGCUGGGCAGUGGAAUGACAGUGGCGUGGAAGACUACGACAGCAGCAGCGAGGCGUCUUUGGGAAACAGUCUGAACAGCAGUGAGGAGGAGCUGCACACAGCAGGAAUGAUGCAGGAACCCAAAGCCAAGCUGGGAGACACACGAGAGCUGGAGAGCUUCAUCGACACGUUGGACCGAGAGCUUUCUGGGAAGCUCUCGUAUAUAAAGGCCAUGUCUGGGACCCAGGCGGGCUAUCUGUGCACACUUUGUGGUAAUGGCUCUUGA